CAUUUAUCCCUCGCUUCCUGGUCCUGUGCUCGGUGGAUCUGCCCUGUGCUCUGUUUCCACACUGGGCACCAUGGCCCAGCCGCUGCAGGUGCCACGGACCUUAAAGCCCAAGCACAGCUUGCCACCGCACUACUACGAGGGCUUCCUGGAGAAGAAGGGACCCCGCGACAAGGUCUACAAGCGGUACUGGACCGGGCUACGGGGGCGCACGCUGUACUUCUACCACAAUGCUCGGGAUGCACAAUCCGUGGAGAAGAUAGACCUGGAUGGCUUCAAGUCCCUGACAGAUGCUGGUGCCCAGAGCAGCUCCUGGGGUGGUGAGGAGAGCCUGGGGCUCAGCCUGAAGCUGCUGGGCCAGGAGGUGAAGCUGAAGGCUGAGAACCUGGAGUCCCGGGAGAUGUGGAAAGGAUUCAUCCUCACCAUCAUGGAGAUGAAGGUGCCCUCUAACCUGACCUUGCUGCCUGGGCACCUAUACAUGAUGUCUGAAGCCCUUGCCAAGGAGCAGGAGCGACAGGCCCAGAUUAGCCCUUAUGAGAGCAGCACCCUGUCCAGCCUGGGUCCUGUGGAGCAGGAGAUGCCGGAGUGCUUUUUCAAGGUGUCCCGGACGGAGGCCCAGGUCCUGCUGGAGAAGAACCAGGACUGCGGCAACCUGCUGCUGCGCCCAGGGGGCGACGGGAAAAGCAUCUCGGUGACCACGCGUCAGAUACUGAACGGCAUGCCGCUCAUCAAGCACUACAGAGUGAGCUGCCUGGACCAAGACUACAUCAUCGAUGUGGAGCAGCCGUACCACUGCUCCUCGCUGAACGACGUGGUGAAUUACUUUGUCUCGAACACCAAGAACACGCUGGUGCCCCUGUGCCUGGACCAGGAUUACUCCAAGGAGUUAGAGUUCGUGGACACCGACAAGGAGAAUGGGGAGAGUGUCUGGACGGCGCCUCCGCCCCCCAUCCCGCGUGGCACCUCUGCCCCAGCUCGCAAAGCAGGUGCGAAAGGGGGCACAGUGAUGCCCCCCCAGUUUAAGAACCCUGUGGCAAAGCCUCUGCCUCCUGUCCCAACCCCAGACUCGGUGUACGAAGACGAAGAUGAAGACGAGACCUACGUAAACGACAAAGAAGUGGCCGAGAUCAAGCAGAUGAAGGCAGCAAGGGAUGGCAGAAGGUCCUGGGCACCAAGUCCCAGCAAGCCCAGUGUCGCUCCCAAACCGUGGAAGGAUGGCAGCAGCUUCCCCCACCCGGGUGCAGUGCCCAUUGGCCCCUCUGUAGACAUGUCGGAGGAGCUGAGGCUGAAGCUGCAGAAGCGACGUGCCAUCCUCCAAGACUGAACAGCUACGGUGAUUUUCUGCUGCCAGCCCAACCCCCCACAGCCCCCAGGCCCCUCAGCCCUUCUCCCCGGCUGCCCCUGGCCCUCAUUGGGAUGCUUCGAGGGCAAAGCCACCGCAUCUGCUGCUUCAUGCAUCACAGUUAAGACUUAAGCCUGGUCUGCUGUACGUGGGGUCUGGCACCCGGCACCUCUCCCUUGAACUCAGUGUGUGUGGGUACAUGCCCUGGGCCUGUUGGGGCUAGCAGGUGCCAGGGAGAGGGCAAAUGCUGCAUAGGGGGUCCUUCCCCCUCCCCCUGCCAACCUAUCCUUGAUGGGCUCUGACUAGCCCCAGCCCUGGGUGCGGGUGUCCCUGGCUGGGGUUACCCCCAUUCCCCUUUUCAGCAGCCAGGGCAGGGGUGGAGGCAGGGCAGAGGCUGGGCUGGGGAUCAUUUGCCUGGGCCCAGCUCUUUGCAUGUUGGGUUUCAGCCCCUUGCAGAGCUGUCCCUGCCCCGUUUGCAUAACCUCGGAGAACAAGGGCAGCACUGUUGUGUGAGUGCAGGAGGGGCAUGAGGCUGGGGCAGCAGAUGGAUGGGGAGGAGGGGGAACCCCUGACCCUGGGAGCAGAAAGUCUUUAGAUGGUGUGAGACCCCAGGAGGGUUAGGGGAGCCCAGGACUGGGGCUGCACACCAGGAGCAAAGGGACCACAGGCUCCAGCCAGCCAGGAUUUGGCUGCCUGGGUUUUGAGCACUCAGGGAGGAGCAAGGAUGCUGCAGCUGGACCCCAACCUCCUCCCUGGUCCCUGUAUUGCCUUUGAUGGGCCCAGCUGCUGCCAGAGCAAGGAAAGCAGCAAGUGAUGCCAGCUGAGGGUCAGGCCCGUGAUGCCCAGGGCCAGCUGGGCACCUACCCUGGGGCUGAGGCUCACUGAGACCAGCCCCUUCACAUGCAUUGCUAAUAAAUGCACCGUUUGGCCCCUC